UCAUCUCCCAAUAUGUUUGUUCGAGGCUACUGCUGUUUAAGUUAUUAUCAUAAUCUAUUACGUAGUCAACAGCAGUGGGACUCUUCCCCGUGUUCCUGUGGAGGAGCCUGUGCUAUUGGCUUCCUCCCAUUUUGUGUGCAUAUGUACCGAGACAGCAGAUGGCUUCAGCUUGCGGUCCAGGCCGACCAUACGGCUGCAGCCUGACAACAGACAGCCCAGGUUGACAGAGGACACAGCGGUUCAACCACGUCAGAGGGCCAAAUAAAGCGGAUGAUUGGAGUCAGAGCAAAGUGCGCACAGGAAGCCGCUUCUGCAUAACUUUUACUCUUCCAUGAUUUCCAACGCACGCCAUAAUGCGGCGGUAUUAUGGCAAAGUCCCGGGUCGGCAGUGGCUCUCGCCGAUUGGCAUCUUGUAUUUUUGGACAUUAUGGGUCUCACCUGUGAUGUUACACCCACAGUGUUUGGAUUUUAAGCCGCCCUUUCGACCGCUGAGGGAGCUGGAGUUUUGCGUAAUGUACAAGGAGUUUGGCUGCUGUGAUUAUCAGAAAGAUCAGGAGCUGAUGACAAAAUACUACCGGAUUAUGGAUAAUUUUGAUUAUCAUGGUUAUUCCAACUGUGCUGGGUUCGUGUUGGAGCUACUUUGCCAGGAAUGCUCACCCUAUGCAGCUCACCUCUUUGAUGCAGAGGACCCCAGCACCCCGGACCGGACCAUCCCAGGUCUUUGUCCCGACUACUGCGCCCAGUUUUGGAAAAAGUGCAGUUCCACCAUCCCUCUCCUGUCUGAUGACCCACACAUAGCCAAAGUCAAAGAAGACCCGACACUUCUCUGUCAGCACCUGGAGCUACAGGAUGAGGACUACUGCUACCCACACCUCCUUUCUAAUCAGAAACUCACCCAGAGCCUGGGCCGGGUCCAGUCAGAUUUGGACGGCUGUCUGCAGCUGUGUCUAGAAGAAGUGGCCAACGGGCUGCGUAACCCACUCGCUAUGGUGCAUGCCAAUGAUGGCACACAUCGUUUCUUUGUGGCAGAACAGGUGGGAUUGGUGUGGACAUACCUCCCUGACCAGUCCAAAUUGGAGAUACCAUUCUUGAACAUUACCAAGGUGGUGUUAACAUCGUCAUGGGAAGGGGAUGAAAGAGGCUUUCUGGGACUGACCUUUCACCCCCAGUACAAGUACAAUGGGAAGCUGUAUGUGUAUUACUCAGUAGAGGUGGGUUUUGAUGAGAGGAUCAGGAUCAGUGAGUUCCGUGUGUCAUCCAACGACAUGAAUGUGGUGGAUCAUGGAUCUGAGCGGGUUAUUCUGGAGAUCGACGAACCUGCAUCCAACCACAAUGGAGGGCAACUGCUAUUUGCUGAUGAUGGCUACUUGUACAUUUUCACAGGAGAUGGUGGAAUGGCAGGAGACCCAUUUGGGAAAUAUGGGAACGCCCAGAACAAGUCAGCUCUUUUGGGUAAAGUUCUUCGCAUAGAUGUAGAUGACAACGAGCGAGGCCCGUUAUACAGAAUCCCUCCUGAUAACCCCUUCAUACAUGAGAGGGGAGCACGACCUGAGGUUUAUGCUUACGGUGUCCGCAAUAUGUGGAGGUGCUCUGUGGACCGGGGCGACCCCCGGAACAGAGAGGGCAAAGGGCGCAUCUUCUGUGGGGAUGUAGGCCAGAACAAGUUUGAAGAGAUCGACAUCAUUGAGAAAGGCCGGAACUAUGGCUGGAGAGCCAAAGAGGGCUUCUCCUGCUAUGAUAAGAAGCUGUGCGCCAACAGCUCACUUGAUGAUGUCCUUCCCAUUUAUGCAUACCCUCACAAAAUGGGCAAGUCAGUGACGGGUGGCUAUGUCUACAGAGGGUGUGAAUACCCCAAUCUGAAUGGCAUGUACAUAUUUGGAGACUUCAUGAGUGGGCGUUUAAUGAGUCUGCAAGAGGACAGAAAUACAGGACAAUGGAAAUACAAUGAGAUUUGUAUGGGGCCUGGCCUGACCUGUGCCUUCCCUGGACUCAUCAACAACUAUCAUCAGUACAUCAUUUCCUUUGCUGAGGAUGAAGCUGGCGAGCUGUACUUCAUGUCGACUGGAAUACCGAGCGCUACGUCACCUUCGGGAGUUGUUUAUAAAGUGGUGGAUCCCUCCAGACGUGCUCCACCCAGACAAUGUCACUAUGACCCUCUUCCUGUCAGAGUGAAAAGUAACCUCAUCAAAUUUGUUCCACAAGAAAUAUUAAUGGGUGUUGAGUCACCAAGCAAAAACGACCCUGAGCCACAACCCACAGACUCACACGAUUGGCUCCAAGAGCUCAUUGAUCGUCUGGGUGAACUGGGACCUGAACCGACCACCCCUUUUCCAACCACAACUACCACCAAACCACCCAGGCAUUCAAGACGGAAAGGUCGGCGCAGAAAGGGCAAGCACAGACCAGAGAGUGUACCUGAGCUUCGGAAUGGAGCUGUAAGGCUGGUUGGGGACGAACCAGACAGCAGUAACCGUGGGCGAGUGGAGAUCUACGUUAACGGGGAGUGGGGUACUGUGUGUGAUGACCUGUGGAGCACCAAGAAUGCUGCGGUGGUUUGCCGGCAGUUAGGCUUCCGGUACGCUCUGAAGGCAGCCAAGAACUCAGAGUUCGGAGAGGGGAAGGAUCUACGGAUUCUUCUGGAUGACGUCCAGUGUGAAGGGACAGAGUCUAACCUGCUGGACUGCAAACAUGCUGGUGUGGGGACACAUAACUGUGCCCAUUAUGAAGAUGCUGGUGUAAUCUGUGGCAACUCAGACUACGUUGUAGGAGUCUAAAAGUCUGACCACUAUGAAGUCAGAGCUAAUUAUAAUAGACUAAACUUUGAAAUCCACCGCACAUUUAACAAUUAAAACAGGUGUUUUCAAUUUAUUCUUGGUGGAGUAUUUUACUCAUCACCAUUAAUGAACAAACCAAAUGUAGACAAUAACAGGACGAGUUAUUUCCAGCACCUACAAUAGAGUUUAAUAGCAAAAAUGAUUUUGUGAUCUAAAGCUGCUGGAUUGUGUUGCCAAUCUAUCACAAUAAAAGAGGAAAGAGCAUGGCUCUAAAUAUUUCAUAAAGCCCAAAUGUAAAAGCAAACAAUUCAGGAAACAAUCUAAAACGGAAAGUUGGAAACACCAUCACAGUCAGUUCUGUCAUUAAAGCCUUCCAGGGGUUAUUUAUGAGAAAACAGCUGGAAUUCAUUGAUGCUAUCUAACACCGUAAAUGUAUCCCAGGGUGAAUUUUUCAGUCAUGACUUACAGUAUAGCACUUCUCAUCUCCCAGAGGUAAUUGUAUAAAUUAGUUUUAUGUUUUAAUUUUUCACCACAUGCUUGAAUGUAUAAUUUGAUUGUAUGGCCCUACUGCAUAUGUCCUUGGCUCCUCAGUGAUUUAUGACAUUAACAAAUUUGACAAUUAUUGUCUGAAUGUUCAAUUUCCUAACAUGUUAAAUGUUCAAUACUCACUGAAUGAAUGUAUGGCUGCAUCAUUGCCAUGUUAUCAUUAUCAUGUUAUCAUUUUGGUAAGUGAUUUUAAUAAAAGCUGACAACUCUC